GAAAAUCGAACGAGAACGACGUUUGCUGGGCCUCAUUUUGUCGCUUUUCGUUUGGCUUCGGUCGGCAGUUCGCAAACAGACGGCUCUUCCGCCAUUAGCUUUCGUGUCGUGUACGCUCUGUUUUAUCGUGUUUGUCGUGUUGCUUGGCCGUAGAUCGACUCGGUCGAGAAGAAGUGCACCCCAGCAGACCGCUCCAGCUCCAGCUCCCGCCACUAGAUCAUCCCGACGGAAUAAGAAGAUAGAGGAGGUGGUGGAGGAGGAAAUGCCGGAGAAUACUAUUACCGAAGAGGCGAUGCAAGAUUCGGACGAACCAGACACAAAACAGGUUAUGGAGCAAUUACAGGAUUUGAUUGUUCCCGUACGGGAGGGACAAAACAAAACAGCGGAUGAGAGCAGUUCUACGAAUCUGUUCGAGGAGUUUCAGGCUGAUACAUUGACCCAGCAGGACGAAAAAUCUUCCUCGGAUAAAGAGGAAUCGAAUAUCGCCAUUGAGGAGAGCGUGUUUUUCGCCAACCUGGCCGCCGAGGAGAAUGCCAACAGUCUGCCUUCGGUGAAUGAUGAAAAUUCGGCUUCCCGAGGCGGAGCCGUUGCUGUUGUGGUCGAAGAUGACGAUUCCGAGCUGCAGGCUCCCGAUCCGCCUUCUCUGGAAUUGAAUGGAGAUAAUACAGAGGACGCAACGGGAAGCAGCGAUCAUGCGUUGGCUGAAAAUGUUGCCAAUGGCUUUAAUGAGGAUGACUCCAAAAAUACAGAUUUGGACGCAGAGCUGGUAUCGGAAGAUGAAUUACCUCAGCCGGUUCAGCCGCAAGUGCAAGACGCAGAAGAGGUUUCAGAGGAUGAGCUACCUGGCCCGAAGGUUGCAGAACUGCCGCCAGACGCCGAAGUGGUGUCAGAGGAUGAGCUGCCACAGUCUUCGGAAAAAUUGACACUAGAGCUGCCGACAGAUACGGAUAAUGUGUCCGAUGAGGAACUUCCUGCCGCAAAAAAGGCUGAAUUGCCAGCAGACACCGAUAACGUGUCCGAUGACGAACUUCCGGAAGCCAAGAAAGCUGAGCUUCCAGCAGACACUGACAACGUUUCGGAUGAUGAACUACCGGCCGCCAAGAAGGCAGAACUUCCAGCCGAUACGGACAAUGUAUCAGACGAUGAAUUACCGGAUUCGAAAAAGGUUGAGCUACCAGCGGAUGCAGUUAACGUAUCCGACGAGGAGUUGCCACGCUCGGCGAAGAAAAAUCCUGAAACUGAGGAAAAUGAGGCACCGAAUGCGGAAAAAUCAAAGGAAGUGGAAAAGGAGAAAGAAUCCUCCAAGCGGAAGCUUGAAAAAGAUGCCGAUGGGGUCGCGGAGAAAACUAGUGAGGGGCCGGAGAAGAAGAGCAAAGUAGAAGCUCCUGCAGAACCAGUUAAAAAGAAACUACCAGAUUUGGACAAGUACUGGAAAGCUGUCAAUGAUGAUUCCACCGAUUUCACUGCUUGGACAUAUCUUCUGCAAUAUGUAGAUCAAGAGAGUGAUAUCGAGGCCGCCCGUGAAGCAUACGACGCGUUCUUGGCACACUAUCCAUACUGUUAUGGCUAUUGGCGGAAAUACGCAGACUACGAAAAGCGCAAGGGAAGCAAGAGAAAGUGCGAAGAGGUUUUCGAGCGUGGUCUGAAGGCGAUCCCGCUGUCGGUCGAUCUGUGGAUUCACUAUUUGGUCCACGUGAGGACUAACCACGCGGAUGACGAGACGAUGAUCCGGUCGCAGUUUGAGCGUGCGUUGGCUGCGUGCGGUUUGGAGUUCCGCUCCGAUAAGCUCUGGGAGGCGUACAUCAAGUGGGAGAACGAAUCGAAACGGGUGGACAAGGUGGUGGCUCUGUAUGAUCGGCUGCUGGUGACACCCACCCAGGGUUAUGCCAAUCAUUUCGAUCAUUUCAAAGAGGUAGUGGAUAACAAUCCGGUUCAUACACUGGUUAGCAAGGAGGAGUUUAUUGAUUUGCGAGCAUACGUUCGUGAAUCGGCCCGCAAGCGCAAGGAGGAGAAGGAGAAGAAGCGUGCCGGAUCGCAUGAUAAGGAAAAGGAACGUAAAAGCGAUAAGGACAGACACGACGAUCACAAAUCCUCAAGGUCGAAGGAUAAAUCAGACAAACGUGAUAAGGAUAAGGCUCAUGAAGCCGCCGAACCAAAAGAAAAGGACAAAGAAGAGCCAAUGCAAACGGAUGAGGUGAAGGCUGCCGAUGGAGCUGCCAAGGAAGACGAGAAGGAGAACAAGGAGCCGGCAGAAGGGGAUAAGGCGGUGGAGAAAAUGGAAGUUGAUCCGGAAGGGGAGAAAGAAGCCGAUGAUCACGUAAACAGUCCGGAGGAGGCUGAAGCCAUAAAAGAUAGAAUAAUUUCCCGACGCAAAAAGGUGUACAAGGCGACCGUCGCGGCUGUCACCGAUCGAUGGACCUAUGAGGAGGGUAUCAAACGGCCAUAUUUCCACGUGAAACCGCUUGAGCGAUGCCAGUUGAAGAAUUGGAAGGAAUAUCUUGAUUUCGAAAUCGAAUAUGGCGACGAGAAGCGAGUGCUGGUGCUGUUCGAACGUUGCUUGAUUGCGUGUGCACUUUACGAUGACUUCUGGCUCAAACUGAUCCGUUACCUGGACAGUCUGCCGGAAACCCCCACCACUAUUGCUCGAAUCCGGGAUGGCUAUGAACGCGCUUGUACCAUCCACCACCCUGACAAACCCAGUCUCCACAUGAUGUGGUCCGCCUUCGAGGAAACCCAAGGUAACGUGACCAAGGCUGCGGAAAUACUGGCGAAUCUGGAGAAGGUUUAUCCCAACAUGAUGCAGGUGUCAUAUCGACGCAUCAAUCUGGAACGUCGUCGAGGCGACUACGAUAAAUGUGUGCAACUGUACCAGAAAUACCUAACCCAAAACAAGAACAAAACCAUCGCCGGAAAUGUGGCCAUCAAAUACGCUCGGUUUCUGAACAAAAUCAAGAAAGAUCUCAGCCAAGCUUACGCUGUGCUCAAGAGUUUCCUCGAGAAGGAUCCCCUGAAUACGAGAGUUGCGCUGCAGUUGAUCGAUCUGUCGCUACAGCGCGAGACGGUGAACGAGAAGGAGGUGCUGGACAUUAUGGAUCAAUUUAUGGCACGGGAAGGCUUGGAACCUGACCAGAAGGUUUUGUUCGCGCAGAGGAAGGUGGAAUUCCUGGAGGACUUUGGCAGCACCGCGAAGGGGCUGCAGGAAGCCCAGAAGGCACUACAGGUCAUAAUGACCGCGGCAAACGAAGCGAAGAAAAAGAGGGAGCAAUCUCCGCCUAAGAAGAUAACGAAGGACACCGCGGCUAGUGUAACCGCAGCACCAGCGUCGGCAGUCGGCAGCAGCUUAACGCCGACCACUAACUAUGCUGCCGGAAGUUAUGGCUACACGACGAGUGCUGGUGCAGCUCCCUCAUACUACAGCAAUACCCAAGGAGCGAGUCAGUAUCAAUACGGCGACAGUCAGUCUUCGUACGGCUACAGCACCUGGAACCAGCAGUAUUCCCAGUCUGGUUACGGAGGGUACAAUCAGUGGAGCGGGUACAGUGGCUAUUAUUAGAACCGAGUGGUGGAUACAUAGGAGCGAAAGAUGGUUUAAGGUUUUAUUAUGUUUUUUAAUCCUCUGGUAUUCUACAUACAAGCUAAAACGAUGUUUUAUAGUAGUUUAGCUCUUCACACAUACACACACACACCAGAACAGACCACAUAGCUUUUAGCACGCGUUCAUAAGGGAUUUCUGUAGGUUUAUUUUUUAUCGCUCAAAUGAGCCAGCCCUGACUUACGUUACAAACUAGACUAACGUUUCUGGAGAGAAAAUAUCAUGAUCGAUAUAGAUAUAGGCCACUGUAAUUCUCCAUUUCGCAAUGGUCACGCCGAAAUCACGAAAAGAAUUUCCUUAGACAACACAUAGUCUGAUCCCAUUUUAUUUCCGCUCAACUUGGUUUACAAAACAAGGAAAAAACAAAUACAUUGUAGUUGCAUACCAUGAAGAGAAAAACAUGAAAAUAUGAAGAACAAAUAAAGUUAAGAUUUAGUUACUACA